AUGGCUGAAGGAGCCGUAACGACAAAAGCCGCCGCGAAGAAGGCGACGGGUAGAGGAAAGACGUGGCGUCUCUUGAUGUGCCUGAGCAACAGUUCUAAGGGGGAGCUGUGCCUGAAGUCGUGGGAGAGUCGGCAGCAGCUAGCUACGGGACGUAAGGUUAACAAGAUCCCUGGUAUCCAGGAGAAACUAGUCGAUAAGGCGGGAUUCUGCAGAACGAUGCGAUCGCUCAGGAAUCUACCUGCGUUAGCGAGAUCGCCUAUAUCUUCAACGUGCUUCGUUCUGCCGAGAGAACGGCAGAAAUUUCUACAAUUCACAAGCAACGCGGGCACGGACGUUCGAUGGCUUGUGAAGCCUGUGUCGCCCCCUGGUCGGGUGGAGAUUCUUCAAGACAUAGAGGAACUCGUACUCGAUCAAAUAGUCGGCGACAGGAAGGUGGUGUUGGAGCAGUACUUCAGCAAACCUCUGCUCGUGUUUGGGAAACCAGUGAGCGUGCGCGCCUACGCGCUGGUGACGGGGCUUCAGCCACUCAGGGUCUUCCUGCAUUCAGGUGGCCUCGCCUUCUUCAGAUAUGACUACACAAAGUCCUUCCAUAAGAUUCCCAACCGGGUCUGGAACUUUGCUCAGCUGCGUCAGUAUCUCGCCCACAACUUCGGCCACAAGGUGGCGACAGUGUUCUUCAGCAAUCUGGAGUCUGUGAUAGUGCAGACGCUUUUCGUUGCGGAACGGAGCCUGGUUUCCAAAAUCAGCAGCAGCAGCAGAAGCAGUGACAAUUUCUAUCAGCUGCUCAGCUUUGAUGUCAUCUUCAACACGACACUUCAUCCUAUUGUGCUCGCGGUGGAUGGACAGCCAUCCUUAGAAAUUGCCCCGCAUCCACGAUUCGUGGGUGAAGGUGGUGCUAGAGAGAAGUCUCUAUCAGAAGAUAUCGUGUCAUUGAUUUUCAGUGACGUUGCGGUCGCUAAUGAAACAGUGAACUUGCUUGAGAAGGCGAGUGCAACUAUCGGAGUGACGGGUGUGAGGUGCACGGACCACCAUGAAGCAUGUCUAACGGAUUCUGAUCUUACUUACCUCAUCACAACUCGCAAGCAGGCUGCUAAUGCUGGUGGCUUCAGCCAGCUGGACUUCUGGAAGGAGCCGACUCGCCUGGAGGAGCCCGUAGACAUGAUGGUGAGUCCGAAGCAAGGCAGCGACUUCAAGGGUUACCUUAUCCAUAACAGGCUCGACUACAGCAUCCACGUCAGAGACGUCGGCCAGUUGGUUAGCAAUGAGCGGGCCUCCAUGAGCAGACAGUCUCGAACAUUCAGCCUGACGCACUACAAUAGCUUCGCUGACGUCCAAGAUCAGCUGGUGCAAUGGGAAAAGCAGUACAGCUCCGUCUCUCUCACGAACCUCGGUGACUCGACCGAGGGCCGACCCAUGACCAUGCUGAAGGUUUCAGAGGGAAGCGACGCUGGCAAGAAAGCGAUCUGGAUCGACGGCGGAAUACACGCCCGCGAGUGGAUCUCCAUGGCAACAGUUCUGCAGAUGACUCAUAGGCUGCUGACGGGAACCGACGAAAUAACGAAGAACAUGCGAGCGAACGUCAUCUGGUACAUUCUACCCCAGCACAAUCCCGACGGAUACGAGUACUCCCGUCUCUAUUGCUGGCGAUACUCGCGCGAGCGUCGCUCCCUGCGCCUAAUCGCUCGCAUGCGGAGUCCAUCUGUGCAUCUAAACUGCAUGCAGUGCACCUUCGUACACUCAGGAUACGAAGAUUGCAGCCGUACGGUACGUACGGCCGUCAGUGUCGAGGGAGGUCAACCCGCGGUGCUAGACGAUGGAAGUGUGGAACGUUACGAAUCCAACGUGGAGGAUAGGAAGAACAAAUACAUCCAGUGCAGCUACGACGCCGCGACCACACCCUACCUGCUGGGUCUAUACACGGAGCCGCAGAUAGAGAUGGCGCCACCGUUCGACCGGCUCGUGACGGAGUACUACGCGACGGUCGACUAUGACGUCAUCCUGCUGAAGGUGUGGGCGACCGCUCAGAGCUGCUCGUGCGAAGCCAGGGUGAACGAUCGGUUCGGUCUCUCCAGGCCGAGCAACUAUUCGUUGGGCGUUGAAGACAACCGCAUCAGCUUCCACGUCGUGGACGUCGCUCACUCUGAGCCGUGGAUCGUGAACACGUACACGCUGUACGUCUACCGACGCAGCAUAUACGAGGGGGCGCCACCGUUCGUGCCCAGCAAGCCGCAUAGCAUAUGCAGCCUCACGCAGGAGUGUGAUAUGAAUGUCUGGUCUUCAAAGCCAUGUGAUUUGCAGAAGAUGAAUAUAAACGACUGGGGGCAGGCACUCCAACACGCAGCCUCCUUGCCUGUAUGCACCGAUGGGCAUGCACCUGGUAAAUGGCUGGUUCCAUGCGGGUCAUGCAAGGAGCGAAAGUCGUGCUACUGGCAAGUGGCGCGAUGGCAGCCGGACUCCUGCAGGCAUGAUAUGAUGCAAAGAACAAGUCUGAGACAGUGCAUGGCUGGCAAGAAGGUGUUGUUCGUUGGCGAUUCGACCAAUCGCGGCAUUAUGCAUUAUCUCAUGGAACAAGUGAACGGCACGCUCACCGACUGGGACAAGACGCACAGCGUCAAGGUUUACGAGGGCCUCAACAGUGGCACCACCACCUUCAGCUUUGCAUACUACCCCCAGUUCUGGCUGGCAUCAACCGAUCGGCCAGCGUUCGACAGAGCAUUUGAGGAGCUAUAUAAGCAGUCUAUGCCAUUAGUGAAUGACACCAGUACAGUGCUGGUUGUAGGAGGAGUGCAAUGGCUGGCCACCAGUCACCUUAACCUGCUUCUGUCAGCCCUUAAAAGACUUGGAUUAGAAGGAAUUCGGGUGAUCAUUAAGACGUUUGGUGCCGGAUUCCACCAGCCUGUCGAUGGUAUUAGACAUCUGUCAUUGGAGGAGCAGCGAAAGCUGAGCCUUCGCAAUCAGGAGCUGGUGUCGUUUGCGCAGCAGCACGGCAUGCAGGCGCUGGACACGUUCAGCAUCACCGUGCCACGCUUCAAGGACUUCCAGGAAGGGAAGUGCGCUUGUCACUUCCACAAGGUGAAGGAGAUACGAUCGGGAGACACUAGCUAUCCCGGGGAGAACCGACCUUCCACGUUUCACAUCGAGGGGCCCGUGAACACCCUCUACUCCGAGAUACUAGCAAAUCUCAUCUGCAUGGACAGGUGACCGGGAGCGUUUCUCCGCGCUCCCCCCAUCCUUGCUCAAGAACAGCUUGGCUCGCUUCUUUUCUCCCUUCGAGGGGCGUGUAGCAGGAUUUUCUCUGCACGCCCACAAUGCUCUUUGAGUGUAGAUAUCGACUACACGCAGCCUGAUCAGCGGGGAGAUCUAGUAAUCGUUUUACGCGUCUGCUGUUUGUGGAUUGUCUUCGAGGACGCGUGUUAUCGAAGACGAAUUGUAAUACUCAGUAUGAGAGGUGGCUCAACGUAACUUGCUAGAGGAGGGUUAAGCUGGGUUUACACUACCGACUUUAUGUUGGCAAAUUGGCGAGUUGGACCAAUUUCGCAAUUCGG